AUGAAUCGAAUUCAUCAUUAUUCAGGAUUAGACAGUCGGCAAAAAUCUGGAUAGGAAGCAACAGAGCCAGCAUCUACCAAUAAUAGGCUUACUAGAAGUUUAGGGAAGAGCAGAUCUUCCUUUAAUAACAGUGUUACUCAAUCAAUUACAAGUUCGAUAUAGAAAGGAAAAUCUUAUUACUUGAAUCAAUUAGAAGCAUACUAUAAUAUGCAUUUAAUCGAAAUAUUGGCAGGUUCGUUUUUAGUUAAUUAAGGGGUUGUCUCCAUUAGAUGAG